ACCGCAGUCAGCAGCUUCUGCUCUGGAGUCUCCAGGCUGGCUGAGGAUACGGAGAGCCACGGAAACAGGUCCUGGGCUCUGAAGGCUUUCCUGCCCGCUGGGAAAUGGGGAGGCUAGCCACCAUUCCCAUUGUCCUGCUUUGUGGGAAAUUCCUUGUUAUAUUCCUUCUCAGGGAAACGCUCGGCCAGAGCAAGCAGCGAGAGGGCCGAGUGUGCGCCCGGAAUAUGUUGAGAAUCCCCUUAGCCUACAACGAGACGUACGCCAAGCCCCAACACCAGCCAUAUUUGACGCUGUGCCCAGGACCUCGUGUGUGCAGUUCUUACAGGACCACCUACCGGGUAGCCACGCGACAGGUGCGGAAGGAGAUCUUACAGGCCCAUAUCAUUUGCUGCCCAGGAUGGAAGAAACGUCACCUGGGGGACACAAAGUGCGAGGAAGCCGUUUGUCACAAGCCAUGCCAGAGUGGAGGCAGCUGCAUUCAACCAAAUAAGUGCCAGUGUCCGCCCGGCUGGGGCGGACGAUAUUGCCAGAUUGAUGUGGACGAGUGCGCCACAACGGUUGCUCACUGCGCACAUGACUGUCUCAACACCGCCGGCAGCUACAAGUGUCAGUGUCGGGCUGGGCACGCCCUUGAGCCAGAUGGCAAGAGCUGUCGCCUGCUUCCCACCGGCCAGGCCGUCCCUCUGCUCGGCACCAAAGUGCAAACUUUAGGGAUUCAAGAGACAAUUCCCAAUGAGAUCCAGGAGCUUCAAGCAAAAGUGGAGCAGCUGGAAGAGCGCCUGGAGCAUGCCAUCUCUAUCUUGCCAACCUCCGUGGAGCCCACCCAGAUCAAGGAGAUGUGGAAUCGCCUCCGUUACUUGGACCACGUGGAAUCCCUCAGCGAGCAGCUCCUUUUCCUUGAAGAGAAACUGGGAGAUUGUGCCUGUCAAAACGAUAAAAAUGGCUUCGGCUAUGACCUCACCCGGUGAUGCCCGAAUCUUGGACUCAAACUGGAUCAGCAGAAAAACCAGCCUUUUUUUUCUUCUUCUUCUUCUUCUAACUCCGUGCUGGUGGUUCUUGUCCUUAGAAGCUCCAAUUAAUUCCCUUUAUUUAUGCUAGCGGGCACGGCUUAUUAAUUGAAAACAAAACACAGCAGAUUGCAACUCUGCUGGUUUAAUCAAGAACGAAGGCUGCCUUCAAAAUCCCACCAAAACUUCCAGAUGCUCAUCCCUAACAGCUCAUGACAUCCAUCCAGAGUUAAGCUUUUUUUUUUUAUAGCUGCUUUAGUGGGAUGAGAGAAACAUUGUUUUAGAGACUUUUGGGGAGUUUAAUCUCGGGAUGGGAUGGGGAAUUGGUGAUUUGGUAUAUUCUGCAAGUUUGACCCCUUUGGUUCUGAUGGAGCUGCAAAAUGGAUUCAAGGAUCCAGGUUAAGCCAACAAGAGUUUGGAUACCUCUUUUAAUUUUCUCCCAAUUGCAUUUCCUUGCUGAAACGUACACAUGCUAUUCACGUGAGGUAUCCAUGCCUCUUUCCCAUCUUUUUCAAAUUCCUUUCUGGUGAGUUGUAUAAACUGACUAUGUUGUGCUAAGAGGCAGUUCAGACCUCUGGCCUCCUCAGUGCCUUCCAGAAGGAUGGGUGGGAUUACAAUUCACAAAAAUCCCAAUGGCUACAUUCCUUCUUUGGGUUUGAAAGGACUCCAUUCUUACUAAGAUCUAUCUUUUAUGCAUAUUUUUAUUGGUUAUUGAACACUGAAUUUUAAUCAGGAACUUUCCCCGUUCCUGUUUUUUCCCAGUCACACUAGAAUUCAUUGUUACUAGUUUUUUAGACUUACUAAAUCAUUUGAGAGAGAGAGAGACCAAGAAGUCAAUUUAUGCCUAUGAAUUAUGAAAGCAAACAUCCUUUGAGUUGUGAUGGGCUUGUUACCUUGGUGGGCUGUUUUUGUUCUAUUUUAACAUUGUUUUUAACUCUUUUAAACUGCCUAAAGCCAAGUGUGAGUGAGCAGCCAUAAAAAUGGAAAUUAGAAAUACAAGUAAAUAAAUAAAUUUGCUGGAUUUAACAACAAGAUUGCAUUAGUCAUGUUAUUAUUAACCAUAGAAUUGUUAUUGCUGGGUUUGUUGGGAAUUCUUGACGUUGUAGUCCUAGUAUUUUAAAUCACCAGAUAAAGGUUAUUUUAGAUAGUGAUUUGCAACUGUUCUCUUCAACUGCAAGCAAUUGUCUACAUUAUUCUUCUCAAGAUGUACCUUUUUGGUGUGCAAGACUUCAACUCCCAUAAUCCAAUAGGAUGUCUUGGCUAAUGCUACAUCCGGUACUAUAAUUAGUCACAUAUAGCACAUAAAUAGCCUAAGAAUAGAGGUUGUAUUCACACAACAAACCACAAACCAGUUAACAAACCACAAUAACUGCAUUUAUGUUAUGGUAUGUGUUUAAGUCAAAUCAAGUGCAUAAUGUGCUGGUUAUGUUAAAAAUCUAAUGAAAUUUACUUGAUUUGGGCUUUUUCACGGUAGUUUGUAAACUAUGAGUUAUGAUGUACUAAAGCAAUUCUCAAAUUUUCUAUAGUUAGCACAAUUGUUAAGAGUGCAAUAUUGCAGGCUAACUCUGCUGACUGCCAGAAGUUCGAUCCUGACUGCCUCAAAGUUGAC